UGUCUGUGAUAUUUAGCCUCCAUUUCUGGAGCGAGAAAACGGAGCUGGAAGAGAUGUGCAGUUAACUAGAAUUGUGUUAUAAACUUUCGCGGGUAAGAAAUCCGUCUGUUUCUUUAUAAUAGACACGCAUGUUCAAAAUACAGCCACACGCCUCGUCAUACGCACGCACAAACCGACGCGCAUUUUUUUGCGAUUCCGGUGUGACCCUUGACCUGAGUGAUGUCAGGACUGAAGAGGCCGGCAGGGAGUGAACCCUCGACCUCCGCCCCUCCGGAGAAGAAGAGAGAGAGGGAGCGAGAUGGAGCAGCAGGAGGAGGAGGAGAGGAAGGGGGCGGGACCACGGUGGAGACUGUCAUCAAAGUGGGAGGAGUCUCGAGCACGGAGGAGCUGGAUGUCAAGGCUCUGCAGAUGAAGAACAGGAAGCUGGCUGAGACGCUGGACCAGCGGCAGCUGAUCGAGGACGAGCUGCGAGAGACGAUCGAGCGUCUGGAGAGGAGGCAGGCCACCGACGACGCCAGCCUGCUCAUCCUGAACCGCUACUGGAGCCAGUUUGAUGAGAAUAUCCGUCUCAUCAUUCGUCGAUAUGAUCUGGACUCGGAACUCUCCGAGCCGCUGAGUGACAGGAAGGCUCUAGAACCUUCGGAGCGCAAGAGUCUAGAACCCUCGGACCCGGAACCGGACUCCGACAGCAACCCGGAGAGAGGGAGUGUGCGAGAGAGGGAGAAGGAGGAGAGAGGAGGAGGAGGAGGAGAGAGAGCUGGGGCUGGAGAGGGGAGGAGAGAAGAGAGAGUCCUCAGUGAGACGCCGCUCUCCUUCCUCGCCACCCUGGCCAGCAGCAGCAGUGAUGAGAUGGAGGCUGCCCUGCAGGAGAGGGUGGAGUCAAGCCACCGGCUCACUGAGAGGGUGCUGGAGAUCUGCGACAGCUUACACAGCACCACCGUGAGGCUGGGAGGAGACAUCGCAG